AAAGUGAAUGGAAUGAUGGAAUGUAAAGUUGAUUCGAAAAUUAUGGACUUUAUAAAGGCAGUGAAGGCUAACAAUGUCGAAGAAGUGAAAGCGCAGUUACAACUGGGAACUUCUCCAAAUUCGCGCAAGACUCCAGCUAAAAAAACUGGGUUAAUGAUUGCCGCAACCAGAGGUUAUACCGAUGUGAUGAAAGUCUUGCUAGAUGCCGGUGCUAGUACCGAUCCUACGGAAAUGCUUAUGAACACUGCUUUUCAUUUCGCCUGUAGUAGCGGAGUUGUACGAUCGGUAGAACUGCUGAUAGAAGCUGGAAGCGAAAUUGCCAGACCUAAUGCCUUUCAUAAAACUCCUUUAAUGGUCGCUAUCAUGCAUAAUAGAUUAGAAGUGGUGAAAGUGUUAUUAAAUAUAGAUCCUCAACUUCGAGUUGGAUUCCUCUAUGGUGACGAUUCGGAGUUGACUCUUGCAUGCCAACAGUCUGAUCUGAGAAUCGCAAAAUAUCUUUUGGAAAAUUUCAAACCCAUUGUAGGACUUAAAAAUGAACUCCAAAUAGCUCUUCUUCGUGCUGUAGUGCAGCACCGUCCAGAUGUUCUCAAUAUGCUAGUUGGCUAUGGGGCUGAUAUUAAUUAUUUGGAUAUGUUUAUUGAUCCACCAAUUUUCACAGCCAUCCGUUCUAAAGACACCAUGAUGCUACAAUAUCUCCUCGAUUUGGGAGCAGAUGUGAAUAAAAAAUGCUUUGGUCGCGAUUCGCCCCUACUUUUCGCCAUUAAACAUGAUAACGAACCGGCCAUUAAAAUGUUGAUUAAGAAAGGAGCAACUGUAAAUGCAAGGAAAGCCCGUUCACGGCUAAAGGAACUGAGAAAUGAAACUUAUAAGCGCUUAGAUAGCAUGGAAGCAGCAGUUCAGGCAGUCAUGGUGGAGGGAGAAGAAGAAUCCGACGAAGAUGAAUCAUCAUCAUCAUCAUCAUCAGACAAAACAUCAUCAGACGAAUCAUCAUCAGAUGACACAUCAGAUGAGACAGAAGAUGAAACAAAGGAUGAACCGGAAGAACAAAGAAGAGAAGUAGAAAUUGAACAACCAGUUCAUGAACAAAGUUAG